CAAAUAUGGGAGGAGAUGUCGACAACAACCCAUGCUGAACUGUUUAAAAGGUCUGCAUCAGUGUCUCCCCUCAAAUUCCCUCACUUCCACCCUCUUGAGCUCCACCAGCAGCCGUACAACUCUGCCACUAUGUCAAAGCUUGAGCAGGCACUGAAAGACCUCAAGGAAGCCUUUGAUAAAUACGCUUCGACAGAUGAAGACAAGAGCACAUUGAGCAAGAAAGAACUCUCAGCUCUGCUCCGUGAAGAGCUUCCUGAGGGAGUUUCCAAAUUUUUCAAAGUAGAUGAACUCUACAAAGAGCUGGAUACUGACGAGGACGGCAUUAUGGACUUCAGGGAAACAGUGGUCUUUCUUAUUGACUUUGGUAUAGGCUUGUGAAUGAAUACUGAACAACAGUCUUGUAUCGUGUGAUCCGUUCUGAAGGAAACAGCCGAGUGCUCCUAUACUUGCACCAGUAUUCAAGUCAAUGUACUGUAUGUGUCUUUAUGAGACUUGGAAUGUGCUAAACUGAGUGUGUUUCCUUGACUGUGAGUGACACAUGCCAUGAAUAAAUGAAUGAAAUAA